AUGCCCACCCUCCACCCCCAAGGGUGGCACCUCGAAACGCUCGGGGAAGGUUUCCAGCGUCCCCCCAUUACCUCUGCCCUAGGACCUGAUGACCCCACAGUCCCUGUGCUUUUCCAGGUGGCCCUCCAGCCCCCGCUUCUAUCUUCCCUGGAACUUGUGGCCACAGCCCCUGAAUAUCUGGAGCAGCGGUUCAGAGAGCCAAAGUCCCUGGAGCCGCGAGAGCCAGAGAAGCCACCGCCCGCCCCGAAGCCCACCCUGGGGCUGGUGCUAAGAGAAGCCGCAGCCAGCGUAGUGAACUUCGGGGCCACCUUGUUAGAGAUCUCAGCCCUGUGGGUGCAGCAGGAGGUGUGGCGACUAGACGGCGGCCCGGGCCCGGCCCCAGACGCCGGGGAUCCGGGUGGAGCCCUGGCCCGGGUAGCCCAGGCCGCGGGGCAGGGGGCUCGGCCAGCGCGGUCUGCGGCAGGCGCGAGCGCCCGGCUUCUGCUCCAGGGGGCGCGGCUAUGCCUGUGUGCACGAGGUCUGCAGGGAUCCGCCUCAUUCCUGCAACAGUAGCGACGCCAGCUGGGCCUCGGCACCCCCGGGGAACCGGUGAGUUCAGGAUGAGGGGAGAGGUGGGGGCCAGAGGCGGCGGGGCUGGGUGGGCACUAUGCCGGCCCGCCCCCAACAGAGAUACUCCGGAGACCUCCAGGUGGCGUCCAGCAGCAGUACGGAGGACGGGGGACCGGAGAAGCCACCACCAUCCCAGCCCCACCCCGCGUCCAAAUAAAACCCAGGCGCGGAUGAAACAAAUGAGGCUUCUCCCAGAGUCAUUAGGUUUGGGCCCUGCCCUCCCCAACGAGCCUCUUGGCUCCACCCCAUGCUCGUCUGGCUCCGCCCUUCACACUGGCCACGCCCCACGCAGGCACCACAGGGA